AUUUUAUGUAUCUCCUUUGUACUAUGCAGAAUCCGUGUAGACGCGGCCCAUGUAAGAACAAUGGCACUUGUCAAGCUGGCUUCACCAGUGAAGGGUUUCGAUGUAUCUGUCCUAUAGGAACACUUGGAAAGAAAUGCGAGAGAGAAUUGUUCAGUAUUCAACCACUUGGGUGUUAUAAGGACAAGGAAAACUACCGAGCUCUGCCACACUUAUACCAUACCCUCCGAGGAAACAUUCAGUGGACCAAACCUAAACGCGGAUUGGAUCUGGUAGUGAACGAGUGUGCAGAAAAGGCCUACGAAAAAGGUUACGAAUACUUCGGCGUUCAACAUUACGGAGAGUGUUACGGUAAGGGGAUGAGCUACACUAAACAUGGUAAAAGUAAUCAAAAGUGCGAUCAAGACAUUAAACGCUUUUGCUGCGAUAUGUUUGACAAACGGACUGGUCAUGAAGUGGGAGGACAAUUAACUAAUUUUGUGUAUCGCAUUGAUAAAAGAGUUAAGAAAUAGGACACCUUUUUUCAACUAGAGACGAACUAUAAGUACAUGGACUUAUUAGGCGUUUUCGUCUGUCAGUUCGUAGGGCGGUGAUCACGAAAGACCAUGUUUGACCACAUUUCCAAACACCGAAAAGAGAGUUGAAAAUACGACGCGU